GGGCAGUGUGAGGCGAUGGCGCGCGGCGGGAGGAGCGCGGCGCGGCCCGCGGCGGCACCGGCACCGGCCAGCCCGGCCCCGGCCGCCCCGGUGCCGCCGGCGCAGCCCGGGCUGAUGGCGCAGAUGGCCAGCACGGCGGCCGGCGUGGCCGUGGGCUCCGCUGUGGGGCACGUCGUGGGCAGCGCCCUCACCGGGGCCUUCGGCGGCUCCUCCGAGCCCAGCAAGGCGGCCCCGGCGCAGGAGCCCCGGCAGCAGCCCCCGUCCCAGCAGCAGCCGCCCUUCGGGCCCUGCCACUACGAGGUGAAGCAGUUCCUGGAGUGCGCCACCACCCAGAGGGACCUGACCUUGUGCGAGGGCUUCAACGAGGCGCUGAAGCAGUGCAAGUACAGUAACGGUGUUUCCUCUCUCCUGUGAGGAAUCUGUCCAGUUGUAGGGAGAAGAAGAGCCUGGUGUAGAGCCCUGAUGCCUGCAAGGAGUGGAAGGAAGGAUGGACAGGUGAUGUGCUGGAGGGAACAGGCUGACCAGAUCGGAGCCUUCUGGGGUAACUUACUUCUGGAGUAGUAGGGAAGUAAAGGAACGGUUGGAUUUAUGAUUCUGGAGUUCAGAUAGUGCUGUAUUUACUACAGAGAAAUAAAGAAGCUUAUUUGGAACUA